GGGAGCGGCGGUCCGGGAGCGGCGUGCGGGGCGGGGUGGGGAGCGGCGCUGCCUGAGUCCGGCGCGGACGUGCUGCGGCUGCCGGGCGGAGGCGGUUCCGCGCCCGGCGGAAACAAGCAGCGGGGAAGGAAGGGAGCGGCGGCGGGAGCCGGGAGCCGCGGCCACCAUUAGUCGGCGGCGGGAGGAGCGGGAGCAGCAGCAGCAGCAGCCGCGGGGGGCUGCGGGCGGAGCGCGAGCGGAGCGCGGUGCCGCCGCCUCGCCCCUCCGCCUCGCGGGGAUCGCCGCUGCCCGCCGGGGGCUUCCCCGCAGCCAGGGCGAGAUGGAGCAAUUAUCAGAUGAAGAGCUUGACCAUGGUGCAGAAGAAGAUAGUGAUAAGGAAGAUCAGGAUCUGGACAAGAUGUUUGGGGCCUGGCUGGGAGAACUAGACAAACUCACACAGAGUUUGGAUACAGAUAAACCUGUGGCACCAGUGAAGAGAUCACCUCUCCAUCAGGAAACUAAUCUUGCCAACUUCUCAUAUCGUUUCUCCAUGUACAAUCUGAAUGAAGCCCUGAAUCAGGGGGAGACUGUGGAUCUAGAUGCCCUCAUGGCUGAUCUCUGUUCCAUAGAGCAGGAGCUCAGCAGCAUUGGGUCUCAUUCAGCAAAUAAUACUGCAGUGAAACGCCUUGCCACAGAACCCAAAGCUCAGAAACCACCUGCUAGCCGACCUUCUACUAAGCACAGCAGUAUGAAAGGAUUAUCCUCUUCAUCUGGUAAGGUGACUAAACCAUCACAUGCCAACGUUUCUUUGGAUGACAUCACUGCACAGUUAGAGAAAGCCUCUUUGAGCAUGGAUGAGGCAGCCCAGCAGUCAGUUGCAGAAGACACCAAACCAGUGGUUACUGCUCAGCACAGGAGGACAGCAUCAGCUGGCACAGUGAGUGAUGCUGAGGCGCGCUCAAUCAGUAACUCCUCCCGUUCCAGCAUAACUUCUGCAGCUUCCAGCAUGGACUCCUUGGAUAUUGAUAAGGUGACAAGGCCUCAGGAACUGGACUUGACAUCACAAGGGCAACCAAUCACUGAGGAGGAACAGGCUGCUAAACUGAAAGCUGAGAAGAUCAGAGUCGCGUUAGAGAAGAUUAAAGAGGCACAAGUGAAAAAGUUAGUGAUCAGAGUCCACAUGUCUGAUGACAGCUCAAAAACAAUGAUGGUGGAUGAGAGGCAGACAGUGCGACAAGUAUUAGACAAUCUGAUGGACAAAUCUCAUUGUGGUUACAGUUUAGACUGGUCAUUGGUGGAAACCAUCUCCGAACUGCAAAUGGAAAGGAUCUUUGAAGAUCAUGAAAAUUUAGUUGAAAAUCUUCUGAACUGGACAAGAGACAGUCAAAACAAACUAAUGUUUGUGGAACGUAUAGAGAAAUACGCACUUUUCAAGAAUCCCCAGAACUAUCUUCUGGGGAAAAAAGAAACCUCUGAGAUGGCAGACAGAAAUAAAGAGGUGCUGCUAGAGGAGUGUUUCUGUGGAAGUUCUGUAACUGUGCCAGAAAUUGAGGGAGUUUUGUGGCUGAAAGAGGAUGGUAAGAAGUCUUGGAAGAAACGUUACUUUCUUCUUCGAGCUUCUGGAAUCUAUUAUGUCCCUAAAGGGAAGGCAAAGGUCUCGCGGGAUCUUGUAUGCUUUCUACAGCUAGAUCAUGUCAACGUUUACUAUGGACAAGACUAUCGGAACAAAUACAAAGCACCCACAGACUAUUGUUUAGUGCUGAAGCAUCCUCAGAUCCAGAAGAAAUCCCAGUAUAUCAAGUAUCUUUGUUGUGAUGAUGUAAGAACUCUACACCAAUGGAUCAAUGGCAUCCGCAUUGCUAAGUAUGGGAAGCAACUGUACAUGAAUUAUCAGGAAGCACUGAAGAGAACAGAAUCGGCAUAUGACUGGACUUCCUUGUCUAGCUCCAGUAUCAAGUCAGGCUCCAGCUCAUCUAGUUUGCCAGAAUCUCAAUCAAAUCAUUCUAAUCAGUCUGACAGUGGAGUUUCUGACACCCAGCCAACUGGACAUGUCCGUUCCCAAAGUAUUGUCAGCUCCAUGUUCUCUGAGGCCUGGAAGCGAGGCACUCAACUGGAGGAAUCCAGCAAGGCCCGAAUGGAGCCUGCAGGUCGGCCCUUCAUGUCUGUUCCACCUCCUGUGUCCCCGCAGACAAAAGUGGCGACCCCCUAUGCAGCCUCACAGCCAUCCCCCCCUCUGCCCCCCCCGCCACCUCCCCCUCCUCCACCCCCACCUCCCCCCCCUCCUCCUCGACCUCCCCUCCCCAGCCAGGCCGCCCCAUCUGCCGCCUCUCCUGCCACCAUGUUCGUCAAGUACAGCACCAUCACCAGGCUGCAGAACGCUGCCCAGCACGGCGGGCCCUUUUCCAAGGCUCCUGCUGCACAGCAGCCCCCCCCACCCCCUCCAGCCUCGGGCAAGCCUCAGAUCCUGGUGCCCCCCAACGGGGUCAUGCCGCCUCCCCCCCCUCCACCACCGCCUCCCACUCCGGGCUCAGCCAUGGCACAGCUGAAGCCGGCGCCUUGCGCCCCUUCUGUGCCACAGUUCACGCCUCCACCCCCCCCCCCCAAAAUCCAUCAGGUGCAACCAAAUAUAAGCCAGGCUGCUCUGCUGCAGCCACUGCUGCCCCCCCCGUUGCCACCCCCUCCUCCCCUCGUGCCUGCGCCCCCACCACCCCAAGCACCCCCAAAGCCUCUCGUGACAACUCUCCCUCUACAGCCUAGCGGGAAGGCAGCGUCACCAGGGGUCACACAUGUCACCCCCCCUGUGUCAGUUCCCUUGCCCCUUGCAAUUAAGAAACAACCGAGUGUCACCUCUUCCCAGGUGCCUCCGCUGCCCCCAGCCCCUCCAGGCCCCACUCCUCCCCCAACGUUCCCAAAGCAGCAGAGUUUCUCUGUGAAGCCGCCUCCUUCCCCUCAGUCCCCAGUGCCGUCAGUGGUGAAGCAGAUAGUCAGCCAGUUCCCACCUCCUCCCACCCCACCUGCCACUGAGCCCCAGCCUCUGAAACCCCUGCCGCUGAGCGUGGCUCCCCAGUCGCCUCCAGCGGUGAAGGCGAAGCCCAAGUGGCAGCCCGCCUCUGUUCCCUCUCCGGAUUUCCCCCCUCCUCCACCAGAGAGCAGCUUAGUGUUUCCUCCUCCACCUCCUUCCCCAGCUACCUCUGCAGGUUCUCCCCCCCCUGACAAAUCAGGGUCUCCAGUCAAAAAGACCAGCAAGACAUCAAGCCCUGGAGGGAAGAAACCACCUCCAACACCUCAGCGGAACUCCAGCAUCAAAUCCACCAGCUCCACUGAGUACCAUGAGUCCAAGAGACCUUCAGUGGACCGCCUUGUCAGCAAAUUUGCACACCCACCAGAGCCGUCAGGGUCUCCUUUGAAGGAGUCAUUGCCUCCUGCAGCCCCUCCAAAGCCUGGAAAGCUCAACCUGUCUGGUGUGAGCUUGCCCAUCGUCGUUCCGCAGGGGGGGAUCCCAGCCAAGGCUCCUGCGCCAGGUGUGUCUGGGAAGGAACCCGUGGUUGAAUUCCCUUCACCACCGUCGGAUUCAGACUUUCCACCACCGCCACCUGAAAUAGAUCUUCCUGUCCCACCAGUUGAGAUCCCAUCCGUGUUUUCAGGCAGUACCUCCCCAAAAGUUGCUGUUGUCAAUCCCCAGCCUCAGGCAUGGUCAAAACCAUCCAUUAAAAAAGCCCCACCGCCCACGCGUCCGAAGCGGAAUGACAGCACUCGGCUGACACAGGCAGACGUUGCAGAGCCACCGGUGACUCCUGGCCCCCAAGUGCCCACUUCACCCAAGUCCAGCCUUAGCGUUCAGCCGGGAUUCUUGGCAGACCUCAACCGGACGCUGCAGCGGAAAUCCAUCACCCGGCACGGCUCCCUCUCCUCUGCACGGAUGUCCAGAGCAGAGCCCACAGCCACCAUGGACGACAUGGCCCUGCCGCCACCCCCGCCGGAGCUUCUGGCUGACCAACAGAAGACGAGCAGCUUCAAGGGCAGUCAUAUAUCUGGCUAUGCAACGUUACGGAGGGGGCCGCCACCUGCACCUCCCAAACGGGAUCAGAACACCAAGCUGUCGCAGGACUGGUAGUCCCCAGGGGCCGGUGCUCUCUGACUUGAGGGCUGCUCUGUGGUCAGGCAGCCUGUGAUGUUAUGCGCUUGGAGAGAAUGUGGGGACGUGGACAAUAGCCCCGUCAAAAGAGGUGAUCUCAAACUGUAGCUAAGGUUAAAGAGAGACAUUCCCCUUUCAUGGCUAGGCCAAAAAAGUUGGGGGCUUGGGGUUGUCAAUAUUUUAUUGGGGGAAGUGGGUAGAGAGCCAUCGACUUAAUCCUUUCAAUUUCUUUUACCCUUCGUAUGGAUUGGACCAAAAUCCCUUUUUCUUACUUUUUCUGCAUUGGGGGGAAGAUAAUUUUUGUAGUGUCUGUCCAUGUGAGACAUGUUUGUGCAUGUAUUAUAAGUGUAGGUAUAUAAUAUAUUGUGAUAUAUUUCGUCGCAAUUAUAGAAGAUAACCAGAAUGUUUUUGUAGAGCCGUAUUUAUUGUUUCAGUCAUUAUAUUAUUGGGAAUAAGACUCUGUAACCAAUCAAAUCUUACCGUAUAAGAUGGAGAUGUAGAGGGCACUUUAAAGAAAGGAAGAAGAAAGAAAAAGAAGUAGGAAAAAAAAAGCACCACAAACCUUUUGGCAGUUUGUGAUAGGUAAAUAAUGGUGCAAAGCGGAGGUGUUCUGCUAGUAAUUGUACAUUGGUCAUUGAUUGAAAAAUACAGACUCAACAUACCAAAACAUUCUGGUCAUAAUACUACUGAAAAUGAGUAUGUUCUGACAAAGAAAAUAGAUUUUAUAUAUAGUGGGCUGGAGUGAAAUAUAUUUAUACUAUAAAGAACCUCCUCCUUCCUUCCAAAUAGUUUUAAAAAAUACACUGCUACAAAUUAAUUGAAAAUUAUUUGCCCAUGAAGUAACUAGGAUAAAUAUGUAUUAUUCCAAUCCAUUAUGCAUUUUAAGUUUAUAAUAGGCUCAAUCGUUUGUUUUUAUGACACAAGAUGACCAUUUGUGUUAACCCCUCCUGAAAGCUGCCAGGACUCCUGCAAUCAGUGCCAACCCACAAGGCUGACCCGUGUGGAUCCAUCACUUGUACGUGUCAUUCUUUCCCUGAAUGAACAGGUAGGUUUCUGUAGAGAACACUCUGUUCUCACACAGACACACGCUACAGCGUACAGUCUCACCUUGUCUGUGCCUGAUCAGAUGUAUUAUCUUUACAAAAAAAAUAAGUGUCUGGAAACAGUUAAAGUGUUGUAAUUCAUUAGAAACUGUCAGGAAACUUUCCUUUCUCAGAAGAGAGAAGGGAAUGGUAAUUUCAGGCCAAGCACAGCUGGAAUUCUCUUUUCUUUGACCUGCCAGAGGCUGUGACCAAUGCAUAAAUCUGUUAAUUAUGAAGUUGCGCUUCUAGCAGUCAAGGGAGAGGACUGGAAAAAAACUUUGAGAGGCAAUAACGUUUGCUAUUAGUUUAAUUUAAGGAGCCGUAUGAGUAGGAAAUAGAUUAUCAUAAUUGCCUUUUUUUUUUUUUUAUUGCUACCGAGUCACAAUCACCGUAUCAAGUACUAGCGUCCUUCAUCUUGCAUUUCAGGAGUUUGAUUAUACAGUCUUACCUACAUAUUGGACACAAUAAGGUAUUGUAAUUAGGAUAAGUGGUCCUGGGUGUUAUGCAUGUUCAUUACAGGGUAGUGGUACACAAUCUUUUUAAAUUAACUAAAAUACUUGGACUGUACCUAUGCUAUCUGCAGCUGUUAACAACUUCCCUGGUCAUUACAGGGAUACUGUCAAGGCUCAGCUGGCAAAGGAUUCUACUGUUUACCUUUAUUCCAAAAGCAAAUACUAUAUGCUAUCCUCCCCCAAAAAGUGAAUCAAAGGAAGUAGCCUGACCUGACAGUAUCUUCAAGUGUGUAAAGCAAGACGGAAACUGAUCUCUCAUUAGAGUAACUCAGAUUGAGAAGAAAUAUUGUGAGUGUCCCCUAUUCCUUUUUUUAUUGUGUUUUUUUUUAAGUCCAAACAAUAAAAUUAAUAUCUUUGUGAAUAAUUUAUGAAUAGGAAAAAGGUUUUGCCAAUUAGAGGGGGAAAAUGAUACAUCUAUAACUAUAUAGUUUUAAAUAAGUGCAUCAUGAAAAGAGAAAAAUUAAUGGUGCUGUCUCUGUUGACCUGUUUCAUAUAAUUUUAUAAACUCCGUUUCAGCACCUCUGGAAAUUGUUUUAAUAUUUCUGACUAGUUUUUUUGAGCAAUAACAAUAUACCAUUGUGUGCAUUUUUAAAGCACUGCUAUGGAAAGGCACUUUUUUUGUAUCUUUCAAAUUGUUCACAAAGUUUUGUUUCUACUAUUUUUGUGCUUAUCAAGUGUCCUUAACAGCAUUUGCAUUGUUGAUUUUAAGCAUGCUCAGUAUAGCUGGCAAGUAACUUCACAGGAAGAUUGUUAAGCUAUACUGCAAUUCAUGGGUGCUGUAAUUUUCUACGUUGGUCCUCCUGCUGCUUUGUACUGUAUGCAGCUCCUGGGGCUCACACCCACCAGUGCAGAAGGUGUGCAAGUACAGUCGUAGCUCCCAGCUGUUACUGAUGAUAGGUAAGUGGACAAAUCUUCUACUCCCUGGCAGGGUGCAUCUGGGCUGACACAGCACAUGCUCCCAGAUGAGAAUCAGUCAGCGAAUUCUUGCUCCCUCUGUUUUCCUUUCCUUACAAGAUAGCUAGCUCCACUGGUGGGUGACGGUUGCAGCCCUUUUUCUCCUGUUCACUCAGUGCGGGUACCUCUAGGAUUUGCACUUGGCAGAGCAAUGUUUUAAGUGCAGUUUUUUCAGAGGCAUUUGAACUUUGUUCUUAUGUUCUUGUGCCCAGUUUCAUUUACCCAGUAUCUCCCCCAGGACAAUGAAUCCAUGCUUAACAUUGCAGGCUGCUUAACAGCUUGCUGGGAGACAGAAGUUUAACUCAAGGUUCACAGCAAAAAGAGUAAGUGUUGGCAAAGGUUGCAAGGUCGCAUCCUUCUUAGUAGGACGUACUUCAUCAGUCAGUAGUGAUACAGAAAUGUGAGUGGCUGCAGCUUUGUCUCAGAUGUGUGCUGAAAUUUGGAUACAGAGUGAUUUGGACAACCUGGUUUGCCUUUUCAGCUUAUGGAUCCUGGCAAUGGAACUUGCUUUUCCAGUUUAUUUACUGUUUUUAUGACAGCAAAUAUCAUGCCUUAUUUGCUUGUGCAGUGGUCUCAGAAUUGUACCAUUUUAUCUUGUAAAAUCAGAAAAUAAAGGGGCCAAAGCUCAGACACAAAACAAGAUGCUUCUUGCUACAAACAGGGGCAGUAAUCCUUUUCGCACUACUAAAAUUAGCAUGUGAGAGCUGAGAUCUCAUACUCUGGACCCACAGAUAGCAGAUGCUUUUAUCCUAAAAUACUGAGAGCGUAUAGCUAUAGUUAAUGUGGCAUGAUGAAGUGUAUAUACCCUUUGGCACUUAAAGUGUAUGUCAGGGAAAGCCCUGCUCCUGCAGGAGGAGCUGAGAGCUGACAGCUGCAUUCUUUAUGCUCUUAAUUUCCUCUCUGCCAAGCAGCAGUAGCAUCCACCUUUGCAGGUAGCAGGGAUCUGUUCAGCCAGCAGAGAGGGGGGGAGGAUCUCUGUGCAUGUAGCACAGCUGUAGAAAGCAGGAACCUGGUCUUCUCAGGCACUCCAGUUUAAUUCCACUCUUGUGGAAUUGCUUUGGAAGGGAAAACUAGGCUCUCAUAACAGCACUACUCGUAGAGGAAAAAUGAUAGUAACAAGAAAAGCUUUUGAGCAAGUGGUUCUGAAUAUAUCAUUGGUAAUGUGGUUGAAGUAGACAUGCCAGUGGUUCUGUUUUGUCUUUUAAAACCUGUGUUUGGGGGAGGAGGUUAGGCACAUGUCUCACAGUAAAUAAAUAAAUUUUUUAAAAAAUCCAGUUAUUGUACGUGGAAGAGGAAAGCUCCUGCUUCCCCCUGUGCAGUGGCUUUCUCCUGCAGCAAAGCACUGCUUGCUCUAUCUUGGUGCAUGACCUCAAAGCCAAAGAGCUCCUCUCCUGAACUUAUUGUGUGAUUUCCUGCAGGGCAACACAGAGUGAUUGACAGACACAUCAGAGAAAGAGUCAAGGUACCUGAAUCACUUUGGUUUCAGGGCUGAUGGGAGAGGGAGCAAUAUUUCAACAAGUGCAUUUUAAGAUUCACUGUUGUGGAGUUGCACAUUUACAGGGUUUUUUUGUUGUUGCUGUUUUUUUCUAAUUUCUUUGUUCUGUGCUCUUAGGCAACCAGGUAACACAAAUCAGCUCAGAGAAAGUGUGGCCAGUUUUGCUCUGGGUUAAAAUUAUUUUUUCCACAGUUAAAGGAACCGAAAGUGCCGCUUCAACAACAGAAGGGCAAAAAAGAGAAUUUUUCUGCUUAUUACAGAAAACCACAUAGAACUAAAUUGUACUUCAGUGGUGCCGUUACAGGUAAAAUAAUUUCUUAUUCAAAGUAAGAUAGUAAGUAAGUGGGUCUUAUUACGAGUACUAUGUCUAAUACAGAGUCAUGUUAAAAUCAGUUGUAUCUCCUUGAUUAACUGGGGCAUUGUAUGACUCACUGGCUGUAACUAUAGGUGGGGAACACUUACCGUGUUAGAGAAUUAGAUUUACCAUUUGAAAAUCUUGUUAACGUAGAGCCAAAUUCUUUUUAGAGCUGUAUUGACAUUUCCGUUUGAUUUGUCACACAGAAUUUCCGAGACUUACUGCUCUUCCUGGUUUUCAUCAUUUAUUUUAAUGUAGUGGCAGAAGUUUAUAAAGGUAUUUUCUGUUUGGUAUAUGCGUAUGUGACUUCCACCUUGUCAGCACAGAUGCUUUCCUGGAGUUUUCUAUCAGACCAAACACAAAAGCAAUAUAAACUCCUGACAGAAGGUUGUGAUGGUGCAGCCAGAACAUAUGAGGGCUUUUCGGUUGUUUGUUGUGGGUUUUUUGGUUGUUUUGUGGGUGGUGGUUUGUAGUUUUUUUUUUUUUGCCUUUCUUUUAUUAAGGUUUAGAUUUUGUACAUGUUCAAACAGUGCUCCUAAUCUGGGGGUAAAGGGACUCUUAUACCUCUGUUUGAGAGGAGCUUCCCAAAGCCCCAUUUUCUGGCUCCUGGUGUUUAGCUUUGCAGUCCCUUGGUUACUCGGGACAGGCUCCAAACCAGAGAGCAUUUAACACUACAGGUUUUCCAUAGAUGUUUCUGUAAUAUGCUGGUGGAUUUAAAAGUUUAAGUUUGGAAAUAUAAAUUUCUCUGAAAUUGAAUAAUUUUCCUUUUUGAAUUAUUUAUCUCCUUCAAUUUAAUAUAUAUAUUAAAUACAUAUAUGAGUGACAAAACCAGCAUUAUAUUGCAGGGGUUACCACUCACUAAUACUGUGAUACCAUGAGUCACAGGCUUUGUCUAGUUUUGAAAAGUUUAAGACACUAAAUUGCAAAUGAGGUGACAACACACGCCUAGCUGUCAUAAGUAAAUUAAAGUAAUUGCCACUAACAUAGGAAAAGUAGUUAUUUGGGCUGAUGGAUAUUUGGUGCUCCGAGGCGCUGAGUAGGGCAAGGAUUCAGUGAGCUCUCUUUUCAGGAAAAUUGUACAUCCUCGGUGAGGUGAGCUAGAGAAGAAUUUGGAGGAACAGGAACUGGUGCUAUAUGUAUGCACAGUCCCCCACAGCAGGGAUUUUGUGAGGGGAAUGGGUGAGAAGGAACUUGAGGAACAGGUUUUGGAAACCCCCUUAUUUAACACUUAAGGCAACUCGUCUGUUAGGACACUUAGGAAUGGAACCAACUGUUCUCUACAGUGGAAAACAGUUUCCUCUCACCUUUCCUAAGAUGCCAAAGAUGCAUUCAGAGCUAAAUUUCAGGUACACAGAUGUUCUUGCACCAGCUGGUCCUGGAGCCAAGUGGACAGGGGCUGCAGCUGCUGUUUGGCAAGAGAGCAGGGCUGCCGCUGCUAGCUGUUGUGCAUCUCUUGCCUUUGGUAACUGGGGGUACAGAUCUGCAAGGGGUGGGGGCAAAGGGCGGUUUAGCGAGGGAACCUGUGCCCAGAGGCUCCCUCACUGCUGAUUUGGUGCAGCACUAUAAAGCUUGUACUUAAAAAAGGAAAAUGAAAUUCUUUCACAAGUUGUAACUGAAAUCUUAGUUCUCCUUCUAGUGGACUGCCGUGGACCAGAAAUUAACUGGAGUAGCAGUUUGUUUUAUGGCUUACACUAAUUGUUAGCGGCCACUGGUGAUAUCCUGUAUAAUACUGGGGAUGCAAAUGUAAGAAAAAAGUGUCAUUGCAAUGAUGAUUUUUUCUGUACAGCAAACUUGUGCUGAGUGCUAUAAAUACAUUCAUGUUUACUGCUUUAAAAAGAAAAUUGCACAUUCUGUCUUUCAGUGGGAUUGCCUCCCCUCUUCUUCCCUUUCCAAAAAGAAAAAUCAAAGCUCUUUUAGACUGAUAGCUUCAGGUUGGGGGGAGCUUUGCCAUAUUAUAAAUAUAUAUAAAUAUAUGUAUAAAUAUACUUUUUUAAGCAUGAGAGAGGACAAAAGAAAUACUACAUUAUAGAGUACCCAAUAUAGACCAUUAUACAAUGGAAUAUGCACAAUUCAAUAAAGAUGUAGUUAAAUUUAAUAAUUGUUUUAAUCCUCUGUCUUGCCAUUUUCCUUUUUCAGUUCAUAGCCCACAUUGUCUUCUAAGGGCACCAGUGGUUCCCCUUUUAGGGAUCAGAUAUCUGACAGCCUACAGGUUACAAUUUCUGUGCUCACGCUUGAUAAAAUUGCUAUUUAUUGUUCCUUUGCACAGUUCUUUCCAGCGGGUCAGAACUGGCUGUACCAGUAACAAGGUGCACACCAGCUACAGGUCUAAAGAGGACCCAGAGUGAAGGCUCACCCUUUCCAUCUGCGUGCUUCCCCAGACAUACAGGGUCCUGGCAUUACUCUGUACAUCUCUGCUCACCCAAGAAGAGCUGAUGGCUGGUAAGUGCUGGUGCAGCCCCUCUCUGGGGUCCGCUGUAGGGAAUACAGCUCUGUUCAUCUCUCCCUUAGGGACGCUCAUAGACUAGCCAUGCAGCAGUCAUGAGAUAUUACUGCAGGGAUUUGAAAGUCAGGAUUAUAGGAACUCAGACUGGAAUUCCUGCUGACGUGGGGCAGUCAUUCUUAGAGGCAUUGAGGUACUUGGUCUUGCAUGUAACUGAGGUAGCCUCUGCCUUGAGCCAGGAGAUGGAACACCAUCCUUGGGAAGCAGCAGCUGCAGUGCAUGCUCUCACCUACCGGAGACGGAAUGCAGCUCAGUGAAAGGAAUUCACAAGCAGCACAGCUGUGUGCAUACCACAAGGAGAUCAGAGCUGGACAGGACACAGCACAUAAAGCAAGUGUCACGGCCCCAGGGCAGGCAUGUCACCACUGAAAGAAGAGCAGCUCUCGUGUUCCUGCAGGCCCAGAGGAAGGGACUUCUGCCUAAACACUGGUGGUGCAGAAUGUUACUUGGGAAAGGCAAGGGAGAGCAGCUCUCCAGCCAGCUCAGACGAAUCCGAGCCUAAAGCUGGUGGAACAAGAUGGCAGCUCAGAGCUGUGAACAUGGCUUGGGUGCCCUGUGCUGGAAGAAGAGCUGGCAUCCCACCCAGUAGUGGUAACUGCAGGAAAGGCAGUCAUACAGAAGUUAGUGGAGAGAGCAGCUGCUGAAGGCAGCGAGGUGGACGCAAGUCAUCAUACCUGUGCUGACCUCAGGAAGGGCUGACCUCAGAGCUCCUCUGGAACAGGGCUGCAUACACAAUCUACUUAUCCCAGCCUCGACCUGUUGAAAAGUCUGUAGCAAAAGACAAGGAAUGUGACGCAGCAGGGACACACUCACAGAACACAAGGUGACAGACCACAUGGUGUGUGCUUUGUUUGUUUUAUUUAGGGCUCGUAACAAGAGGGUUUAGUACACAGCAACAGUUAAUUCCAAGUACAAUUAAAAAAAUUUAAAAAUUGGGUUAUGCACUCACUUGGAAGGUGGUUCAAAUGGCACACACAAAAAAACAUUACUGGCGGCACACAGCUCCCCAGAGUCCUGCAGGCUUGAUCAUUUACAGUGGGCUCUGCACUCAUCCACUGCAUCAGCAGUGCCAAAAUCAAAAGCACAGGGUGCUUCUCCUCUGACUGCAAACCAACGGUGUGUGGGGGGGUUCUGCUUUCAGAAAAAAAGUACAUGGACAAAAGAUCCAUGUUAGACACUAACAUUUCCAGAGAGUUCAUAGAAACUACUUGUCCAUGCAAGUUGCAAAAGACACUUUUUCAAAUGUGACAAGAAGCACUUGGGCUUUACAGAAAAAAAAUAAUCCAGACGUCAGCACUUUAGCAAGGCGCUGUAAUGGAAAUGAAUUUGUACAAAGCUCUUCCUCAUUAGUAGACAGUGGUAGGAUUUUUCUGAGGUUUUAAGAGAAAUAGGAACAACUACACUGCACGUAUUUCAGCAGAGUCACCACACAGGUAUUCAGCAGGAUACUGAGUGUAGGCUUACCUCUGGCCAACGGGCUGCUGACUUUACCUUUUUGUAACGCAUCUUGGAAUAAGCAAAGGUACUAAUAAAAUGGGUAUGUUCAGAGUACCAAAGGAAAAAAAAAAGUUCCUGCAUUCACAGGAGGCUGCACAAAACACAUCGGUUCUUUUACUUUGAAUGAAAGCAGCAGAACACCGUGGUCUGUGAAUUAUUCUUUGUAACUGCAGUUGGCAAACCUUGGCCGCAUCAAGCAUUCAGCAACCUUCCCACAGAAAGGAGACAAAGGUCCCACUACUCUUGCACUUUCAAAAAAAAAAAAAAAUCAAAAGGACUGUUGCUCCACACUGACUUCAGCUACUGAAAAGAAAAACUGUUCCCCUCUUGCACUAUUCUGACCUCUGUGUAAUACCAUUUUAGCCACAAACUGUGGCUGUGCCUAAUACUGAGUGAUGCCAAAGGGUGAGGAAGGUGGAGAAUAUAUCUGUAAGCACAGUAAAUUCUUCAACAUGGCUCCCUAUAAGCUACAUAUAGACCAUCAUCUAGCUGCUCAUACUGUUUUACAACACUGCCUUUUCUCAAGAUUAAAUACUUGUCUUAGUGAACGCAACAGUUCUGCACAUUUCCCACUACCACUAUUGCCAGCAAAGGCUUGUCUGACUAAAGACUGUAUGGGUUUUGCAAGGUUUCUUGAAAUGCUGCAGUCCUCAGUCAGUGACGCUACACUCAAUGCUAAGAAACCCAGUAGAAGCCACAGCACCAGUCUCCAACAGCCUCCUCUAGCAGCUUCCAACGAGUUGCCCUGUAAAUGCCACCAGAUUACUAACCGAAGAAAAGUCCUGUCCUUUCCACACAAAAAUGCAAAACUUUUGCAUUUGAUCUAUGCCUGAAGGCCAGAGACAUAAUUAAAAGUGAGCUUGUUCCUCCUGAAGAGAGGCACAGCUACAGCAUUCACUGGGAACUGCUGGACGCUGCUGAGCAGAGCACAGCAGUAACGUGCCACCCUCUGACACAGGUAGGAGACACCCCAGAAGCACAACACGCUGCACCAGUGCAUGACCGUCCACCACCAGUCAGCGACUCACACAUAUGUGGCAGGCCGGCAGCACACCCUCUGUCCAAAAAGGAGCAUCAGUCCUGUCGCUGCUUCCCGUCUCAAGGGCAGCUGAAAAGCCCAAGGUAAAAGUGCUGCUUGGCAGACGCUGCAUUGCUGCCAUCGUACCCUUUGGUUCUCGGCUGUCACCAAGAGUGCUGAAGAACCAUGCAGAGCAGGGGACCAAGCAUUCUGCCGAUUUGCAAACAUGGCGCUAGGGCUGCCUUGACGAGACGAGCGUGCUGGCAUAAGCAGAAGACAGGCACAUCCUCUUACUACAGAAAGUAAUGCACAGCAAGAGCCCCCAAACAGCAAAGAAAGAAAGGUCUCAGGAGGUGUGAAAGGAGAACCACCUGUUCUAGCAAGAGCUAGCUGGUUCUCAACCUUCCUGCCACCCCUGGUAACACACCCAGCCAGAGACCAGAGGGACAGUGGGGGAGCUGUGGUGCAAACCAGCAACAAGUUCCACCUACUUCCAGGAAACCCCAACUCAACUUCCUGUUAUCACUUACAACAAGACAAGGGCCACGCUCCACCUUUUGCCCUCCAGUGAGAGCAGCGGCUCAUCAACGUCCGUGUCUGUGAUCUCUCACAAGUCAGGCUAACAAGUCCCCUGGCACUGCCUCUGCUCUGUAGUGCCUGCUCCUGCUACUGGGCAUGGAGGUGCGGUCCAGAUGCAUAGGCAUAAAAUGGGCAGCUUGGUUUUCCUGCCACUCUCAACCGUCUGCUGCAACAGCCAAUGAGGGGAACAAAGAAAAGCAAUCUGAG